GCUCUCUGUAGUGUGUAUUAGAAUCUGUUUGCAUGUCAAUACAUACUGUCUCAUAGCCAGCUACUUUCUUUCUACACCUACCAAAGCCCUUGACCCACAAAAUGUUCUCAUGGGAGGCAAGUUUAUCAAAUGAACUGUAUUUUGUCCGACAGUACUUUUAUAGUGGCAGCUAUGACAAGUUGUUCGAAAUCGAUACUUCGUCUUUAUCCGAAAAGGGACUUGAAUUAACAGAAUUGUAUAUGGCUAGAGCAAAGUUGGCCUUGGGAGAAAGUAUUGAAUCUAUUCAAGGCACGCUUACUCAAAAGUCCGCUGGAGGAGCCGCUCUUUUGGCGUUGGCAGGUGAAGGAAACAUGGACCUUUUAAUUGAGCAGUAUGGGGAUUCUGAUGCUGCUGUACAAACACUAGGAGCCAUCUAUUUAAUCCACAGAGGAGCUUAUGAUGAGGCGUUAAGUUUGCUACAAAAGUCUGUCGAAAACUUAGAAGCUGUAGCUUUGGAAACUUAUAUCCAUCUUUACCAACACAAGUUAGAAGCAGCAGAAGCAGCGAUUACAAGAUGUUUGGAUUGGGCAGAUGAAGAAAUUGUUUUACAAAUUGCUCAAUCAUGGGCAAAGCUUGCUAGAGGUGGUUUAGACUCGUAUAAUGACGCCUUUUAUGUUUACGAAGAAUUGAACGGUAGUGAAAGCAAUCCUCGUGUUUUAACUUGUAUGGCUUGCUCUGAUUUAUGUUUAUUACGAACACAAGAAGCUCUCAGUUCUUUACGAUCUGCCCUUGAAUUGCAAUCCAACUAUGCACCUGCGGCAGCCAAUUUAAAGACAGCCGUUCUUGCUCUUGGUCCCUUAGCUCCAUUGGAUACAAAGCAACUCUAUGAAAAUUCUUCUUGCGGUGCAUUUCUUACAAAGCAAUUAGAUCAAAAAUCCCAAGAAUUUGAUGCAUUGGCUAAACAAUUCCUAGCUAAUUCUUCUGCUUAACUGUUGUGCAUUCUUUUUCGAAGCCCCAUGUUUUUUAUGAUCUUCGCUAUGUAGACGAAUUCUUCUUUCAUUCCUUGCCAAUCCUCAUGUACCACAGACCUGAGUCAAAACAUGUAGUUGUCCUUGGUAUUCCUUUUUUAUAUUUAUAAUUCAAUCCUUUCUUUUUUCUUUCC